UCCCUUCAUAGACUCGCAGGAUUUCCAGGUUUCCAGCGUUUCAUUAGCAUCUUCUCUUCUUUCUGCUGGCAUUUCUGAGAAAAAUCAGAAGAACCAUGUUGGUUUCUACGAUGGAGUUGAUCACUCUGGCCGCGUCCAACUCUCUCAUCGUCUUCUGUUUCUGCAAUUUGAUCAUAGUCCUCCUACUCGUAAGCGCUCCAAAGCCCAGUUCUCAGUCUGAUCAAGAAGGUUUCCUUGGUACCUCCUCUACGCUCACCAAGAAAAUUGAGAAAGAGCAGAAUGUCGGAGGUGAAACGUUGUCUUCAGAAGACAUUGAAGCUUCUCUGGAUGUGACCGUAGGGUCAAACGAUAAGACAACAGCGGUGGUGGUCGACGACAGUGUUGAGGAGGACGAAGAUGAAAAUGGGGAAGAAGAAGAAAAAGAAGAUGAUGAUGAUGAGCUGAGGAGGAGAGUGGAGGAAUUCAUUGACAAGGUGAACAGAGGAUGGAAGGCAGAGAUGUUGCUGACCUCCCACUAUGUCCACGCAGAGAUGUUCUAAGGGAAGAAUUUCAUUGUCUGAGCAUGCAUAAUUGUAUAUAUUAUACGGUGCUAUGGUUGUUCUUAGUAGAUUAACUCUGUUUUGAAAUUUUGAUCAGUUGAGACUUGAUCCGUUCUGUUUAAAAGGGGUACACCCCAUUAGUCAUGAUCAGAUGCCCAGCUUAUGUGAGAUUAGAUUAUAGUCUGGUUUGUAAAUGGUUGAAGAAGGCUGAGUUCAUAAUCCCCUGUUGUAACAAGUGAUUGUAGACCGUUAGUAAUGAACAUGUGUUAAUAAUUUUGCAUUUGGA